CCUUUGAUAAAUUUUGCAUUUUUACGCCACCCAAGACUCUUUCUUGGAAAAUCCGAAAACAAAAAUAUAAUAAAAUACCAAAGAAAACGUAUUGACUAUAUAGUUUUGCAGUAGAAAAAAGCCCCAUUAUCAUCAAACAUCACCAGAGCCUUAAUUUUUUCUCUGGCUUUGGGUUCAGACAUGGCAUCUUGGUGGAAGUUCUUAUUCAUAUCCUUUGUUUUUCUCGCUGUAGUUGCUCCUAAAGUCAAAGCAGAUUCUGGGUCGGUGUUGGAUGAUGAAGUUGAAGUGGUUAGAUCGGAUGUUCCUACUUCUCAGGAAUUGGAGCAUCUGAAGUCCAAGAUCCAAUCUUUAGAAUCAAACAUUGAGGAGACUGCGCGAGCACUGAAAGGAAAGGAUGAGGCGAUUGCAGACAAAGAGAACAUAAUAAAAGAAAAGUCAGAGAGGAUUAAGUCAUUGUCAUCUGAAUUGGCCUCUCUACAGAAAAAGGGAACGCUAGAUUCUGAGGAGCAAGUUGGAAAGGCUCGUGCACAAGCUGAUCAGCUUGAAAAGCAGGUUGAGAGAUUAAAAGAGGAAGUUGAAAUGAAAAAUAAGGUGAAAAGAGACUUCGAAGCGCAUAUAGGUGAAACAGAGAAAAGAGUGUCGGAGUUAAAUUUGAAGGUCGAAAAGCUCGAAAAGACAGUUGAGAAACAGAAGGAGAAACUGAAAAAAACUGAACGAGCUCUUAAACUUGCUGAGGAGGAAAUGAUUAGAGCAAGGCUUGAAGCCACAUCGAAGAUGAAGGAGCUCAUGGAGGUGCAUGGGGCAUGGCUUCCACGUUGGCUUGAAGUUCAUAUGACUCACUACAAGUCUCUUCUGGAGAAGCAUUGGGAGGAGCACGGAAAACCUGCUAUGAACACAAUGAUACAGAAGGCAGUUGAGAAGAAGGCUCAAGCUGAGGUAUGGGCUGCGCCACAUAUAGAAACAGUCAAAACAAAAUGGAUGCCUGCUGUGAAGGAACAAUGGGUGGUAAUGACCAGUAACCUCAAGCCACAAAUGGAAUUGGUGAGGACCAAAGGAUUUGAGAUCUAUGAGACAUCUAAAAGCGCUGUAACUCCACAUAUUGUCAAGGUUCAGGAGCUAGCAGAACCUCACUUUCAGGAACUUAAGAAAUUUAGCAAGCCAUACAUCGAUCAAGUUGCCACUGCUACAAAACCUCAUGUUGAAAAAGUUCGUAUUGCUGUAAAGCCAUAUAGAGAUGUGGCAGUUCAUCAUUAUGGGAAGUUCCUGGAGUCUGCAACAAUAUACCAUAAUCAGCUGCAAGGUACAGUAGAUGAAACACUGAAGAAACAUGAGCUUACAAGACCUCUUGCAACAAAGGAGUUCGUCUGGUUUGCUGCUUCAGCAGUGUUGGCUUUGCCCGUUAUAAUUCUGUUCAAACUUUUGUCUGGCAUUUUCUGUAAAAAGGCGAAGAAACCUACUCGACAUGGUCAUUCACACCAUUCACGCCGUAAGUCCAAGAGGGCGCACACAGACAAGUAGGGGGAGGUAGUACAGUGCUUUCAUCAGAAAUCAAGUAUUCACAUUUUGCAGAUGGGUCAUGUCAUUGUUUCACCGGGCGCUUGGAGUAUCAGUCAGAUCUGCAGAUUCUUUUUGUUUUCCAAGUUCUGCAUAGAUUUUCCAUAUGUGCAUAAAGCAUGAAUGGUGAGGGUAGUGGGUGUGAGAAAUUUACUUGUGUACUAUUACUGUUAUGUUGCUUUGGAUAGGGUUGGUGUUUUGUGGUCUUUCCACUACUCGCUGUCAGGUUACAAUGUUUGCGACACUGUAUUUUAGUUGUGUAUUACAUAUCAAAGUAGCUGUAUCAAGAUCUCCUCAGUCAUAUUUGAUCAUAGGUGUAACGAUGGAGGAAAAAUUAUUCGAAAACUUAAACGGAGGAUAAAUAUAAACAGUUCACCGGAGUGCACAGGUA